AUGCCAUUGGCAAAACCAGAAGACUCUUUCCAACAAGCAACUCAGGCAGUGGACUUAUGGCAUCUUGGGAAGGGGGAGACCGUAUCACAGGAGAGCGUUGAUGUCAACCCGAAUUCUAGUUCCUGGAAACACCCUCCUCUAGGGUGGGUCAAGGCAAAUUGGGACGCAGGAGUCAAUCAUCAAAUAGGCUGUGUGGACCUCGGGGUUGUUAUUCGGGAUCACCAGGGCAGAAUGUGGGUGGCGAAGAGUGUGACCAGACGGGGAUUUUUGGAACCAACAGCAGCAGAAUUUUUAGCUGCUUCUAUGGCGACUCGGCUGUGUACUGAGAUGGGAUUCAUGCGGGUCCAGAUGGAGGGAGAUGCAAAGGUAGUUGUGGAUAGUGUAAAUUCUAAGCUGCCGGAUGAGAGUGCGAAUGGACAUCUUACGGACGACCUGCAUGUAGCUCUCAGUUCGAUCUCGUUGUGGGAGCUGGGACAUAUAGGGAGAGCAGGUAAUCACGUGGCCUACGAACUAGCACGCAUGGCUUUGCAAACCGAGAUGGACAAGGUGUGGCUUUAUGACCCCCCUGAUUGUAUACGUGAGAUCCUACAUGCAGAGGCUUUAGCCCUGCAGUGA